GAAACAUAAAAUCAUUUCACAGAAAUAUUUUGGAUGUGCCUCAACUGAUGCGGUCUGUGCAAUCGUUGUGAAAUCUUUAAGUAAAUUGUGACCGAUCCCCUUUGGCAUCCUUUCAGUGCUCAGUCAUCGGAUUGGAUUCAGUUGUACAUCUAAAAUAUAUUAGAAACUAUGGGAAAUACGGCCAGUGCGUUCCCUUCCGUGGUUGCCGCCUCCGUAACGGAAGAGCCGACGAAAUCGGCCACCAAAGAAAAGCCGAAGUGCAAAGCAUGUUGCGCUUGCCCCGAAACGAAAAAAGCGCGUGAUGCAUGCAUAAUGGAAAACGGCGAGGAAAACUGUAGUGAGCUUAUAGAGAAGCACAAGCAGUGCAUGCGGGAUAUGGGCUUCAAUAUUUAACACGCUCUGGUGCCAAUAAUGUUCCAGUAAAGAGUAAUGAGUAAUGUAAAGAAACAAUGAUGCCGGUAUGUUGGAUAAGAUUUGUUUGAUUAAUAUUUUAUUUAUCAGGUAGCCUACCACAAUUAUGCGAGUAGAACUUCUGUUAAUAGUUGGCCUAGACUUAAACAUGUUAAUUUAAUAAAACAGCGACGGGCAGUGAUG